CUAGCAGCUAGCUUUCGGUUAGCAUCGUCCCCCCCGGCAGAGAAGCUCCUCCACCGGGACUCUUCCUCCGGUAGAAACGCACCGACCGGCGCCUCCUCUUCCCGGCCUCUCCUCCCGGCUGCUCCCGGCUGUUCCCGGCUGUUCCCGGCUCUCAGCCCCCUCCCUCCCCCCUCCGGUCCGGACACACUCCACCCGGUGAAACCUGCAACAUGUCUGCGGUGCAGCGGAUGAAGGUGGCCAAUGAGCGGCACAGCAAGACCAUCACACAGCGGGGACACGUGCAGAAAACAUCGCGGCCGGUCAACGAUGAGAAGUCUCCGGUCGGACCGUGGCUGCUCGCUCUGUUCGUCUUCGUCGUCUGUGGAUCAGCCAUCUUCCAGAUCAUCCAGAGCAUCAGGCAGGGAAUGUGAUGACCUCUGACCCCCGGAGCUGAGCCUGUCACAUGAGGAGGGAGGGGGGGGGGGGGGGGGAUACAUCGCCCUCAUGACUCCGCCCACCACACACACACACACACUCACACACACACUCGUUCCUGUGAAGCUGAAAAGGUUUUACUUCCUGCUGUAACUCCGCCUCUUUUCUCUCUGCAGUAAAACCUCUUUAUUUUAUUUUUUUAAACUUUCUUCGCUGUUCAUCGAUGGUUCUGAUCAGAUAUUGGUUAUUGAUUUGCUGUCGGUUCUUAUUGUGCGUCUGACGCUGUCGUCCGGCUAUCGAACGCUCGUCUCUGCUGUCUGAGCCUGAAGCACAGAGUCCGUCUUUAAAGGGACAAACCGCUGUUUUCAUCCACUGCAAAUCCUGCCUACGUCUCAUUGAGUUAUUGAUCAUUUCAUUUUUAAUACUCUGCUUUCAUGACUGAUAACCACAAACCACCUGACACACUCCUACAGGAGGGGCCCUACGAGCCAGGGGCCCCGAGUCAGCUUCAACACAUUUCUAUGAAGUUUUCAGAGAGAAACAGAAAGAGGCUUAAAUUUCAGAGCCGAGCCGAAACGAUCAAAACAUCGAUUGGCUGAAAAUGAAUCUGUCACUAUUUUGAUAAUCGACUCGUCAUUUCGGUCUUUGCCAAAAAAAAUCUGACAUCUGUCACAUGUUGAAUAUUUGAUGCUUCUGUUUGUCAUAAAUGAAAAAAAAUAAACUUAAAUAUUUUUUAGGUUUUUUGUACUUUUGGUGAAAUUAAAACAUCUGUUCUGAAUCUGUGAACUCCCAGUUUUACACUUCUUUUCUGACUUUUUUAUGGAUAAAAAUUCAUUAAAAUAAUUAUUAAACAAACAUCCGAAUUAACGGUUAGUCGCUUAAUAGAUUUGUUUGGAUUCAUUAUUUAAAUCGUCUAUAAAAUGUCAGAAAAUGGUGAAAAAACAGUCGAGAUGAAUUUCACAAUAAAAAAAAC